UCGCAGCGCGCACAACGCAUGCCACCGAAUCGGAUGAAAAGUCGAAGAUAUCGCGUUUUUUCGAACAAAAUAGACCGUGCGGUGUCUUCGCUUAAAAAACAAACUUAUUUUGUUAAUGUUAAAUAAUUGAAUAACAAAAUAAAUACAAUGUGUAUAGCUGUGAGUGUGUGAUUAAAUGGAAGAUCGGAGUUGAAUCGAAAAAUCGUAAUCUCGUGUCUCGUAUUUGGUUUUUUUUUGCGAGUGCCAGUGCCCGGGACAAAUCAUUUUUUAUUUGAUUGUUUUUUAUGUAUUUUUAUUUUUUUUGUUGGUUUCGUACUUUAUGUAUUCGCGCGUCUUGUGAAAUCUUCUGGCAGCGGAAACCGAAAGCCGCCGGUGUUCUCCUACCUGGCGUUAUAAUCACCGCCCCUAAAGCCAAGCUAAAUUAAAAAAAAAAACGCACACACAAAUAAAAUAAAAAAUAAGCAACAAAAAAAACCCACAAUCAAAAACAACGAAAAACACACCAUCGCCGGCUUGACGCCAUCUCUUUCUUUGUUUUUAUUUUUAUUUAUUUUUUUUUGCUGCCACCGUCGGCUUUUGUUUGCGGUUUUAAAAUAUUUGCGGGCUUCAUCCGACGAUCAGUUUUUCGAAAUUGGAUUCGAACUCGAUUUUGGCAUCUUAUUCGGAAACUAAACGGAAUCAGAAUCGGAAUCGAACUCGUUAAAUCCUUUGAGUCCUUCACGAUCCUCGCGGCGUAGAAUGCAAUCGCUGCCAUGCUGCUGAGAACUCGGCUGGACAACGGCUAGGGCUGCGGAUCAGGAGACAUGGAUUUGAGCAACAGGAUGUCACAGGAUCACUGCCCCGUCCGACAGGUCCUCCUCCUACCCCUGCUCCUACUCCUGUGGCUGGCCCCGGGAUCGGGGGCAACGGGUCCGAGUCCGGGCCCUCUACACGGACUUCAUUCCGGAGAACUGAUGCCUGGCGAGGGGCAGCUGGUGGUGCCGCGACGCGUACACUCCAAUGGCCUCUUCAUGACCCACGACCUGGUCUACACCCAUGAGCGGGAUCAUCGUCGUCAUCGCCAGCGACGUAGUCUCUCGAAUCAGGAUCUGGAGCCGGCAGAACUGCACUUGCAACUGCCGCUGGCCAAUGAAACGUUGCACCUGGAGCUGGUACCGCAUAACUACUUCCUGGCACCGCAUCUAGUUGUGGAGCGACACCGGCGGGAUCUUCGCACCAGAUCGCCCCUGACGGCCCGUCAUCUGAACUGCCACUUCCAGGGCAAGGUCAGAGGUCAGGAGGCCAACACCAACGUGGCCAUCUCCACGUGCUCCGGACUGGUGGGUCACAUACGGACGGCCAGCAACGAGUACUUCAUAGAACCGUCCAAGCACCACGAACCGGAUGCCGAAAAUGGUCAUCCACAUGUGGUCUUCCAGAGGGCCUCCGUGAGGCCAAAGUCCAGAAAGCGGCACAAUCGGAAGAGAGGAGGAGCGGCCGGAGGAGGCUCAUCUUCCUCCCCAUCGGGGAUCAGUAACUGCGGGACGAGGGAGCCCCGCCGACGGAUGGAGACCCGCCUGGAAUGGCAGGCCCGGGGCAAGGUGAAGAUCCAGGGCGGACGGCAGAUACGUAGGAAUCAUCACCACCACCAUCGGCCGCAUCCUCGCCAGCAUCCUCGCCGGCAGCGUCACCACCGGCCGCCGCACACCAAAUUCAAGUACGAGACGCAAUUCCAGGAGACGCCACCGGCGGAGCAGACGCCCCGACGACGGCGCUCCAUCAGCAGUCCCCGGCACGUAGAGACCCUGAUCGUGGCUGAUGCCACAAUGUCGGCCUUCCACAAGGACCUCAACGGCUAUCUGCUCACCAUCAUGAACAUGGUGUCGGCCCUCUACAAGGACCCCAGCAUCGGCAACUCCAUUGAGAUCGUGGUGGUCCGAAUCAUCCAGCUGGACGAAGACGAGUCCCAGCAGCAGCUAAAUCUCAGUCAGAAUGCUCAGAAGAAUCUGGAUCGAUUCUGCAGCUGGCAGCACAAAUUAAACAAAAUCAGUGAAAAGGAUCCCCAUCAUCACGAUGUGGCCAUUCUAAUUACACGUAAAAAUAUUUGUGCCAACAACUGCAUGACCCUGGGCUUGGCCAAUGUGGGUGGGAUGUGCAAGCCCAAGCAAUCCUGCAGCGUUAAUGAGGAUAAUGGCAUAAUGCUUUCCCACACGAUCACUCACGAGCUGGGUCAUAACUUCGGCAUGUUCCACGACACUGCCAAGAUUGGCUGCCAUCCCCGGGUGGGUCCCAUUGUCCACAUCAUGACCCCCACCUUCGGAGCGGACACCCUGCAGGUUUGCUGGUCGAACUGCAGCCGGAAGUACAUCACCCACUUCCUGGACCAGGGACUGGGCGAGUGCCUGGAUGAUCCGCCCACGCCGCUGGAUGAGUACAACUAUCCGGACGAGCUGCCCGGAGCCAGGUACAAUGCCCGGGGCCAGUGCCGGCUCCAGUUCAAUCUGACGAACGACAGCGAGGUGGGCUCCUGCUCCGCCCCCCACGAGUUCUGCUCGACGCUGUGGUGUCGCGUCAACGGGGAGUGCGUCACCCACAUGCGACCCACCGCCCCGGGCACCGCCUGCGGCCGGAACAAGUGGUGUCAGAACGGCAAGUGCGUCCGCCGGGAGGAGCUGGCCGCCGUCAACGGGGGCUGGGGCAAUUGGAGUGAGUGGAGCGACUGCUCUCGAAGCUGUGGCGGCGGCGUCUCCACCCAGCAGCGGGAGUGCGACUCCCCGGUACCUGCCAACGGUGGUGUCUUCUGCAUCGGCGAACGGAAACGGUACAAGGUGUGCCGGAAGCGUCCGUGUCCGGAGUACGAGCCCAGUUUCCGGGCUCAGCAGUGCGCCAAAUUCGAUAAUGUUAGCUACCAGGGUGCCACCUAUAAGUGGUUGCCCUUCUUCGAUAAAAAUAAUCCGUGUCGCCUGUUUUGCACUGACGUGGACGACACCAUCAUCGCCAACUGGGGCGCCACAGUACUGGAUGGAACUCCCUGCACUUUGGGCACCAACAACAUGUGCAUCGACGGCAUCUGCAAGAAAGUUGGUUGCGAUUGGAUCGUCGACUCGGAGAUGCAGGACGAUCGUUGCGGUGUCUGUGGCGGUUCUGGCGAUCAGUGCCAGCCGGUGAGGGAUGUCUACACGGAGCCCUUUCCGGCCUUCGCCGUCCGGGACGGUGCCUACGUCGAGAUAGUCACGAUACCGCCCAGGGCCCGGCACAUUCUCAUCCGGGAGGAGGCCAACUCGCCGCACUUCCUGGCCGUGGGUCGGGUGGGCCAGAAUGGUCAGGACUCAGAUCGAUUCUAUCUCAAUGGGGAUAGUCUUAUAUCGAUGCCCGGGGAGUUUGAGAUCGCCGGAGCGGAGAGCCUGUACGACCGGGUCGAUGAGAAGGAGACCAUCACGAUACCUCAGCCCAUCCAGCAUUCCAUAACGUUAUAUGCCAUUGUACGUGGCAAUGAGAGCAACUCCGGCAUCUUUUACGAGUUCACCCUGCCCGCCCUCAAUGUCUCCGCCGGCAGGCAGUUCGUGUGGCGCCUCAGCAACUGGACUGCCUGCUCCUCCACCUGCGGAGGCGGAGUCCAGCACCGGGAGCCAGUCUGCCAGGAGAAUGGCAAAGUUCUGGGUGAUACCCUGCCGUGUUGGACGCACGCCAAGAACAAGAGACCUCUCCGUCAGACCAGGAGCUGCUCGGAUCAGCCCUGUCCGGCUCACUGGUGGCCAGGACCCUGGCAAUUCUGUCCCGUCACCUGCCGUCCAAGCGCCGGCGCCCUGCCCCAACGCCGUCGAUCCGUGGUGUGUCUGGAUCAGCACGACGUGGUGGUGGCGGACACGGAAUGUAAUCUUCUGACCAAACCACCGGAAAUGGAACCCUGCGAAGCGACAUUACCGGAGUGCCGAACUAAGGACUAGCAUAGAACUACCCCACAUAUAUCCAUAUAUUUAUUUCAUUUAAUGGAGCAUAUUUAUUCAGCUUUUAAGAAUUUCGAAUGUCGAUCAUCCCAGAUGUACUUAAAAAUAUUAAAAAAAAAAAAGCAAAA